GUUUGUAAAUUAAAAAAAGUUUUUGAGUGACUUAAAAAAUUGCGAUAAAUUAAUUUAAGUAUAUUAAAGUUAAAAUCAUACAAGUUUUGUCAAACGAAACACUCGAGUGCGUACUGCUUAUCACUUUAAUAUUUACUUAACUUAUCAAAAGUUGCAAUAACAAUCAUUCAUCACAUGAAACAGUCACCAGCGAUAACCUUGUAGCUCAAAAACUCCAAAACAAAUCCAUCCAAAAUGGACAAACCAAAAUUAGACAGUAGAAAAACUAGUAUAAUUAUUUUAUCAGUGACAGUCACUUUUAUCUUGGCUAUCGUAAUAACGGGUGUCUGCGUCAGAUUUCUGUUGGAAGGAAAAGUUCAACAAGUAAUUUUGAUUAUUUUGAUUUGUACUUUGAUCACCGUGGGUAUGACGAGUUUGAUUGUUUUGGAAGUACGAAGAAGGAGGGUUCGUAGAAUAAAAAAGGCAAAAAGGGCAAAUUACAUAUCAGCACCAACGGCACCACCGAUGGUUGAUUCCUCAACGUGGAAAUAUUCAAAAAACUACAGUCAGAGGACGACUGUGCAAGCAUAACUGAUACAAAUUGAACAAUUUGGAGUAUUGUGGAUUUUAAUUUAUUUAAAAUUGGAGUAAAUGUGAAUGAUUGGUGUGCUAUUUUUUGUAAAGUGAUUUAUAGUCCAUAAAGUGUAAGAAGAUGGAUGCUCCGCCUAUUUUGAAUUGUUUGCAACUAACGGCCAGCAGUAUCAGAUUAAAAGUUACACUGAACAAUUUUUUUCCGUGAUUUCAGGUAACAAAUUCGCAGCCUCUGCGGUGCAUGCUUUACAUUGUUUUAUUCUGAAAUACUUAUUUUAAAUUAGGUAAAAACCACUAAAUUUAAAUUUAAACUUUAAUUAAAUUUCAACUUAUCACUUUUAAAAUGUAGUAAAAAAGAUUACAGUUUUUCACUGGUACCACGUAAGGGCGGGGCAUUAAUCAAGUUUUAACGACUAUAACAGUAAAUAAUAUAGAAGUACAAAAGUAAAAUCUAAUCUUAUUUAUUGUAGUUCGAAGAAGUUAAUUUGAUACAAAUUAUUUAUACUUUCUGAUUGCUAAUAUAUGUAGUAUGUUUUAGUCCCUGUUUGUAUAUUAGAAAGUAAAUGAUAAAGGAUG